AGCUCAGGCAGCGUUGAGGUUUAACGGUGGUGGUAUCACAAGUGCGGCCAUUUCUCCAAUUGAUCAUACGGUUGUGACAGGUGGUGAGGAUGGCACAAUUCGUCUUGUUGACUACGUGACGCCAUGUGAGGUAUAUAAACUGAUGAUGCCAGCAUCAACGACUGUCGUUGCCCUUCACUUUUUUCGCACGGACAAAACUGGGAUGAAGUUUAUUGUGUGCUGUGAAAAUGGAACAGUUGGACUUCUACAACGUGGAAAUAAGGCGUUUGCGUUGCUUGGCCAGUGGCGGCCACACACAGAGGGACUCACGGCGAUGGCGGUCGAUCGGGAAGAGCGCCGUCUUUGCACCAUUUCCACGAAUGGCACGGCAUUUUUUUUCGACAUUAAACGGGAUAUUUCCUUACUCGAGCCCAUCGGUUUUUGCCGUCUUCCGUUGAAAGAUGUUCGGUGCGUGGCGUGGGACGAUGCGACGUCGUGUAGCUUGGUGGGGUGCGAGUGUGGGAAGGUGUUGGCGAUCCGGGCACCCAAAAUGGAGGAGAUGGACCACACUGUGUCAUUCGAGUUUAAUUGCAUUUACGCUCUUGUUGGUAUCCGUCAGAAGAAGAAGUUAGAGAAGCAACAAGUCAAGGCAGCCACUGUGGGAAGGGUGGAAGGGCUGCAAGAAGAAGAAGAAGAGGAAGAGGAGGAGGAGGAAUUGGGGCCAUGGCCGGUGCGUCUUAUUUGUCCGCUACCGAGUGGCUCAUUUGCGGUGGGUUCCGGGGCGGCAGAGCUGCUGUAUCAAUAUAACCUUAACGUCCGAUACGAUAACCUUACGGAGCUUCCACCACUGCCGCCGACGGGUAUUGAGCCACCCAACUACGUGGAGGAACCCAUGAUGAACUUGUGUUACCGGGAAUUGAUACCACAAACGGCCUCUGUCAGUACCUCAGGAUUAUUUUUAGUCGUCGUAUGCGAGGGCGCACAGGUGAUCCUUCGACCACUGGGAGAUAAUGGGAAAAUUCCCCAUAAAUGCAUACUCACUGCCGCGGCUCAUGAUCGGGUUGACGGCCGCAUUACAACUGCCUGCACUUCAUUUGAUGACACAAUGGUGGUAUCCGUCGGUUUGGACGGACUUGUCGUGGCACAAAUUCGCGAGGGUUGCCGAGCGCCAUCGCCCCCGAAGAUUGAUGCGGUGUACCCAUCCUUGUUCGCCGAGGAGGUUUUAGCGCCUCAGCCGAUCCCCCUUUCGAUCAGCGAACAAAAAGAAGCGGACGAUCGCCGUCUUGCAGAAGAAGCCAAACAGCGUGAACUCGAUGCGUUUCUUGCGAAACUUCAUGUUGUGCAUGCGAAAUAUGCGGAGUUGUUGGCGGAGAACGAGGCCGCCCCUGCGCAUCAGCGUCUUUCCGAUGAGGAAAUGGCCCUUCACCCGCAAAUUCUGAAGGAGAUGGAGGAGGAGAAGCAGCGGCGAGUAAAGGAGUCUCUGUAUGAAAAUGCCCUUCAG